GAGUGCCCGACUCUGAACUGAAUAUGCGAGUUGGCAGGACAGAGAGGGAUACUGCUACCCACACCCCCUUCGCCAAUCCGAACAACUGUAUCUCACUCUCUCUCGUAUUUAUUUCUCUCUCAUAUUUACCAAACCCACUGGUUCAGCCCCGGGGUGACCUCUCGACUCAACUGAAGCAUGAACAAGAAAAGAGCUCUACUUAUGUUGUUGCUGUUACUCGUGGUCCUUUUCACCACACUUGAAGGCUCUCGACCUGCCAAUCAGCCUAAAAACAGCAAGAGGCCCAGAAAACUCACGCCCGAUAAUGGUUAUGGGUCCUCUGUCAUCCUCCCCGUCGCUGGAAAUGUUUAUCCUAAGGGGUAUUAUCAUGUAACUCUUCAUGUUGGUCAUCCCCCGAAACCUUAUUUUCUUGAUAUAGACUCAGGCAGUGACCUCACCUGGCUACAAUGUGAUGCUCCUUGUAUCAAAUGCUUGCCGGCCCCUCACACUCUUUACAAGCCGAACAAGAACCUUGUGACUUGUGUGGAUCCCCUUUGCACCUCCCUUCAGUUGCCUACAAAUAAGCCAUGUGAUGUCCCAAAUGAGCAGUGUGACUAUGUGGUUGAAUAUGCUGAUCAGGGUUCAUCCAUGGGUGUGCUGAUUAGGGACUACUUUGCACUGAGGUUUGGAAAUGGGAGCAUUAUAGCUCCCCGUAUAACAUUUGGGUGUGGCUACAAUCAAGAAAUUCCUGCAUCUAAUCAUUGUCCUUAUACAGAUGGAGUCCUAGGCCUUGCUGAUGGAAAAUCAGGCAUUGUGUCACAACUACAUGGAUUAGGUUUAAUACACAAUGUUUUUAGCCAUUGUUUAAGUGGGAAAGGAGGAGGCUUUCUUUUCUUUGGAGAUGGUCUCAUUCCUUCUUCAGGAGUUACAUGGAUGCCAAUGAUGCUCAAUUCUUUGGAGAAACACUAUGCAGUGGGGUCGUUUGAACUUCUUUACGGGAAGCAGGGAAUGGGUGUCAAAGGUCUCACUAUGAUCUUCGAUAGUGGCAGCACUUACAGUUACUUCAAUUCUGAUGCCUAUAAACAAACACUAUCUAUGGUAAAGAAGGAUCUGAAUGGCAAGGGAUUAAAAGAUGCGGUGGAGGAUCAAACCCUCCCAGUCUGCUGGAAAGGUUCUAAACCUUUCAAAUCCAUUGAUGAUGUCAAGAACUACUGCUACCCCCUGAUACUGAGGUUUACCAAGGCCAAGAAUGUCCAGUUGCAACUCCCUCCUGAAGCCUAUCUCAUCAUCACUGAACAUGGCAAUGUCUGUCUGGGAAUAUUGAAUGGCACCGAAGUAGGACUAGGAAAAUUCAAUAUCCUCGGUGACAUUUCUUUGCAAGAUAAAAUGGUGAUCUAUGACAAUGAGAAACGGCAAAUCGGAUGGGUUACUGCAAAUUGUGACAGGCUUCCCAAUGUGGAUGGUGAUUAUAUGGAAGGGUUAUCUAGGCCCUAUGCAUGGGAUAUGGGUAUUGUAGAACAGCAUUCUCCAGCAAAAUACGGAUAAGCUGGGAGGGAGGCAAAUGGAUCUCCGAAUGGAAAGCAGCGUCAUGACGCUAUUAUAUAGAUCAGACACCGAAGUUAAUACACACACAAAUCACAAUCGCCUUUGUGAAUACAAGGUUUGCUAGAGCUUUUUUUUUGUUCUAAUGUUGUAGAAUAUAAAAUAAAUACAACUGGCUGUAGAAUACGUGCAGGACCUGUCCCAUACUUGUACCCAAUUCGUUAGAGAAUAUAAACUUAUUUCGUGCUGUUCCGGCAAUACAAGUUAAGUUAGCUGCUGCACGAUCUGUGUCUCCUGGACGCAAAUCUCCAUCGUCAUUGCUUGCAUAACGAGAGUGCCUACCCUCCUAGAGGCAGCCAGGCAGGCAUCGUGAUACUACUUGUGAAGAAAAGUAAGUAAAUGAUAAUGUUUUUUCAGACGAACCACCAUGCCAGGCAUAUGCCGCCUGGCACUGGAAGAAAUAAGCAAUUUAGUGGCCUCUCUUGGCUGUGUUGAGGAUUUAUAUAUAUAUAUAUAUAUAUAUUGUAUUUGA